UCGUCUCAGCUCAUGCGCUUGGUUGGGUCAGGUCUUGAGUCUUGAGGUUGAAGAACAACCUCGCGCCUCGUGCCAUGUUCCGCUGCAGCUUUGUAACCACACCAGCUGAUCUGGCUCAUACAGACUUGGGGCAGAACAUCCCAGAAGAUCCCACGGAACGUGUGGAGAAGGCCGGCGCCUUGCUGGAGAACCUGGGCCGCUCCCUCCAAACGGUCCGCGACAACGCCAACGAGUUGGCCAACGCUGGGGCGGUGCUGGCCGAACGUGGCGACCGCCUGGCAGACGUGGCCAGCUACCUGCGGGAGGCGCAGGCGCAUAGUGGGAAGAUGCAGGGGAACAUCAAGGAGAUCUUGGAGUUGGUAAAAGGAAUGCAAAACCACCCAGAGACGGAGUCCAGCGUGAACUGGUGCAUGUGCCUCAUGGUUCCUCCGUGGCAGUCUGGAGCCAAGGGCCCCUUGGGCUCUCGUGGCUUUGACAAUCUGCAUGCCUUCCUUUAAAUGUGCAGC